ACCUAUAGAAGUUUGGCGAAGGGUAUCCACGAAAGUACCAAAUCUUAUACAAGAAAUUCCCUUUGUUUUGGUUAAAUAUUUGCCGUAAAAUCAUUUAUUACGCAUUGUCAUCUCAUUAUUUCUUGCCUGUUUUGUUCCUAAGAUGGAUGGUAGCGGAGAUCAACAGAAAACAAAAAAGAGAGUGGCUGUGGUUGGCGCAGGAUUGGUUGGAGCCCUAAAUGCAUGUUUCCUUGCCAAGAGAGGGUAUCAAGUUGAUCUCUAUGAACUCCGACAAGAUCCCAGGAAAUGCGAGUUUGUCAAAGGUAGGAGUAUCAAUCUUGCCUUGUCACAUAGAGGGCGUCAGGCUCUGAAGCAUGUUGGAUUGGAAGAUAAGGUUAUUGAGAAUGGUAUCCGAAUGUCUGGACGCAGAUUGCAUGACGAGCGAGGAUUCAAAUGGACGAGUCCUUAUGGAAAACCUGAUCAGUUUCUGAUGUCAGUUGAAAGAAGAAGACUUAAUGAGGAGUUAUUGACAGCAGCUGAAAAACUUCCCGAUGUGAACGUCCAUUUUGAAAAGAAACUGGUCUCCUGCCACUUCGAUUCUGGGCAGCUGGCUUUCUUAGAUGUGAAUAGCAAUGAAAAAGUCGACGUUGAGGCCGAUCUGAUUAUCGGAACGGAUGGCGCAUUCUCUACAAUACGACGAGAACUGAUGAAGAGGAUACGGUUCGACUUUAACCAGGAGUACAUUCCACACGGGUACAUGGAGUUCUGUAUUCCACCAAAAGAGGGCGAGUUCGCCAUGGAGGUCAACUUCCUUCACAUCUGGCCACGGAAUACAUUCAUGAUGAUCGCCCUGCCAAACUUGGAUAAGACAUUCACCGUAACCCUCUUCAUGCCUUUUACGAACUUCGAAGCUAUAAAAACAGAGGAGCAACUGAUGGGGUUCUUCGCGACUACAUUCCCCGAUGCCAUUCCAUUGAUAGGAGAGAAGGCCAUCAAGGAAACUUACUUUAAAUCUGGUGGUGUGGGCCUCCCAAUGGUCUCAGUUAAGUCCUCGCCUCACCACUACAAGGACAAGUCAGUCAUAAUGGGCGAUGCCGCCCAUGCUCUUGUACCAUUCUAUGGACAAGGCAUGAACUGUGGUUUUGAAGAUUGUUUGGUACUUGAUGAAUGCCUCGACGAAUGUCAUGACAACCUUGAAGCUGCCCUGGCUCUCUACUCGAAACGAAGAUGUCCUGAUGCUCAUGCUAUCUGCGACUUGGCCAUGUACAACUACAUUGAGAUGCGAGAAUCGGUCAAUUCCAAGAUUUACUACCUGAGGAAGAAAUUUGACAGCUUGAUGAAUAAACUCAUACCAAAUUCUUGGAUUCCUCUCUAUACGAUGGUGACAUUUACCCGUUUGCGAUACAGUGAGUGUAUCAAGCGGAAGAAGUACCAGGACAAGCUUAUUAAUGGUAUGGUGGUGAGCACUGGUCUUGGAACACUUGUUGGCGGAGGGUACUUCACUUAUCGUCUGCUCAAGGCAGGAGUGCUGCCCUCUAAUGUUUGGGAAACAUUUGCCAGUUUCGGGCAGAAGAUGGGCAAACUUUUCUAAAGAUAAACUUCCAACUCCAGGGCAUGUUAUCUACGUGCUGUGCAUGAUUGGAAAGAUUGUUUAAACUUUUAUGGGACCAGUUCAAAAUGCAUUUUGAUUCGACAGCUUAAAGGCCUACUGCAUUUGAAGAAAAAUCUGAAAAUUAAGCUUGAACUUGAAACUUUUCAGUUUUGUAAAUCCGUUCUUAAGUUUGCCAAUGUGUUGUCGGACAUCUUCUCUCUUACUACUAUGAAUCCGGGUCAAAAGAAAAUGCAGUGAACACAAACUGGGUAGACCUUUAAGUCAAUUGUUGUAACAAAAAUAUAAGCUUAAAAAUUAUUACUCUAUUUUUAGUAGUAGAUGGACAGGUUACUUAUUAUAUGAUGAGAAAUUUGGAAGAAUUUCAAGACAAUUUUUCACCCAAUUCUUUUUACCAUGAUCUCACCGGACCCCUUUCUUAUAAGGAGUCUGCUCUGCUUUUGCUCAAUGACAGCCUAUAUUUUUGUUGGUACUUGUUUAAAAGUAUUUCUUCAUUACUUGUCUUUAUGCUUCCAACUCUUAUAUCAACAAAGCUCAGGAUUUUGUGUUAUGUCAUAACAGACUUUUGGUUUAUGAACAUGUUAACGAGGUGUUUUAGUGUGGUGUGUUCAUCGUGCAGCUGAGGUUUACAAAUACACGACAUAUA